GGAGGCAUCGAUACGCAAACAAAAGAUGCCUUUCUGGUGGAAGUAAAUAAACGAGAUGCUGCCACGCUGUUGCCAUUGAUACAGCGACAUGUUCUGCCCGGUACAACAGUUUGGACGGAUCUAUGGGCUGCUUAUAACAGUAUAACAGCCGUAACCGGUCUAGCCCACCAAACCGUAAAUCACUCCAUUACAUCCCGGGCCGUAAACGGAGUGCAUACAAAUGGAGUGUAG